CCCGAGUGGGCAAAUCUAAUGCCAUGUACGCGGAGUGAUCGGUCAUUUCUGGGAGAGAGCUGAGAUCAAAUCACGGGGCGUGGGCUCGGACGGAGCCCUGGCGGAAAGAUCAUUGACUUUAUUAAAUUCACAUCACUACUUUAGGAUUUAUUAGAAGUCUUCACAAUGAAUCGCGUAAGGUCGAGCGAUGAGACGCUUAUUGAAAUGGACCAAACUGCUUGGUCCGGCGGAGAGGAAAACAAUGGCUUCCACAAGGGUUCUGUCUUGGAGAAGGAUUCUCUUGAAAACAACAUGUCCACACUGAGUGUUGUCUCUGAAUGCGCAAGCAUUGCUUCUGUGCAUUCGAGUCAAUCUUCAGUGAAUGGGUGUGAACAGUGCGAGAAAGAACACACUGAACCACAGCAGCACCUUACCAGCUUUGUAGGGAUAUGGAGAAAGAGAGCUUUAUUUCUGAAGUAUCGCUCCAGGGUGGAUAAACAGCAGCAGAGCAAGGACUCUGUGUACUUCAGAGAUGGCGUACGGAGAAUAGAUUUUGUUCUUUCAUAUAUUGAGGACAAGGAUGGAGAGAAAAAACAGGAGCGGAGGAAGGAGUUUGAAGCUAACCUACAGAAAGCCGGACUUGACCUUGAGACGGAGGACAAAUCUGAGUCAGAAGAUGGAAAGACGUAUUUCCUGAAGAUCCACGUUCCCUGGGAGGUGCUGGCAACCUACGCAGAUGUUUUGAAAAUCAAAGUGCCUUUUAAAGCAAACGAUAUUCCAGAAAAGAAAGAAGUGCCCUUGAGCUGGCUUUUUACACCUCUCCGUCUCCCUGAACAUAUAAUGCGUCCAGAGCCGGAUUACUUUACCGCCACGUUCGACAAGAGCAAGAUCGACUUUUUUCUCAUCGAUGAUAAGGACACCUUCUUCCCUCCAUCCACACGCAACAGGAUUGUAUAUUAUAUCCUUUCUCGAUGUCCGUACAGUAAAGAGGAAAUAGACAAAAAGGGAAUUAAAAGGCUUCUAAACAAUGGCACAUACACUGCAGCCUUUCCUCUACAUGAUUGUAGGUACUGGACCAGCUCUCGAGAUACAAACUGUGAGAGUGAACGCUACGACCUGUACAAACACUGGGCUCGUUUCAGCUGCUUUUACAAGGAACAGCCACUCCAUCUCAUACGAAAAUAUUAUGGAGAGAAGAUCGGCAUUUACUUUGCCUGGUUGGGCUUCUACACAGAGAUGCUGUUUUACGCUGCAGUUGUUGGUUUGUUCUGCUUUAUCUACGGUGUGGCCACAUUUGGCGACAAUGCCUGGAGUAAGGAGAUCUGCAAUGACACCAUCGGGGGACAGAUCAUCAUGUGUCCUUUGUGUGAUAAAAAAUGUGGCUACUGGAAGCUCAGUUCAACCUGUAGCUCCUCAUGGCAAUCGUAUCUGUUUGACAACACAGCCACAGUGUUCUUUGCGAUAUUCAUGGGAAUAUGGGUGACUCUUUUCUUGGAGUUCUGGAAGCGACGUCAGGCGCGAUUGGAGUACGAGUGGGAUCUGGUGGACAUGGAGGAAGAACAACAACACCUGCAGCUCAGGCCCGAAUAUGAGAUCAAAUGCACAAACCGCCGCAUCAACCAUGUCACUAAAGAACAGGAGUGUGCUCUAGGGCACAAAGCAGCUGAUAAAGCAGGCAGGUUCAUCCUGUGCUGGGCCACAGUUCUCUUGUGGAUCUCUCUGAUUAUCGCCAGUAUAAUCGGGGUGAUCGCGUACCGUCUGGCCGUGUUUGCUGCCUUUGCCAGCGUUAUGAAGGACAGUCCCACCAAUAAGCUGGAAGUGAUAGGAACGUUGAUCACACCUCAGUUUGCCACAUCUGUAACUGCUUCCUGUAUCAACUUUGUCAUCAUCAUGAUUCUGAACUACCUCUAUGAGCGUGUGGCCAUCUGGAUUACAGAUAUGGAGGUUCCAAAAACUCACUUGGAGUACGAGAACAGGCUGACGGUGAAGAUGUUCCUCUUUCAGUUUGUCAACUACUAUUCAUCCUGUUUCUACGUUGCCUUCUUCAAGGGAAAAUUUGUGGGUUACCCGGGCGAAUAUGGCUACAUGUUUAACCAAUGGAGCGGACUGAGAAAUGAGGAGUGUGAGCCAGGUGGUUGUCUGAUUGAGUUAACCACUCAGUUAGUAAUUGUUAUGGCAGGUAAACAGGUGUGGGGGAACAUACAGGAAGCUCUUGUACCUUGGUUGCGUAACUGGUGGGUGAGCAGGAAUGCCAGAAAUCAUCCAGAGAGUCUGUACAGUCGUUGGGAACAGGAUAAUGACCUCCAGUCCUUCUGUCAGCUUGGCCUCUUCUAUGAGUACCUGGAGAUGGUUAUUCAGUUUGGCUUCAUCACCCUGUUUGUGGCCUCUUUUCCUCUGGCUCCUCUGCUGGCUCUCCUUAAUAACAUGCUGGAGGUGCGAGUUGAUGCUUGGAAAUUCACCACUCAGUUUCGCAGGCCCGUAGCAGCUAAAGCUCACAGCAUCGGUGCAUGGGAGGAGAUUUUGAACAUGAUCGCUGUUUUCUCUGUGGUCACCAAUGCAUUCAUCGUAUCCUUCACGUCAGACAUGAUCCCGCGCCUGGUGUAUCUGUACGCAUAUUCCCCGGGAGACGGGCUCACUAUGGAAGGAUACAUCAGCAACAGCCUCUCUGUCUUCAACAUCUCAGCGUUCAAACUGGAAAACAGCCCAGAUGACGACGAAAAUCCAGAAUGGUUCAACAGCACCUACAUGACUACCUGCAGGUAUCGUGAUUACCGCUACCCUCCGGGACAUGAGAAACAAUACACUCACACCAUGCAGUUUUGGCACAUUCUAGCUGCCAAAUUCGCAUUUAUCAUCAUCAUGGAGCAUGUGGUGUUUGUGGUGAAGUUCUUCGUGGCCUGGCUGAUUCCUGAUGUACCCUCAGAAGUGACGGCUCGUAUAAAGCGUGAGCGAUACCUGAUCCAGGAGUACCUACACGACUAUGAACUGGAGAAACUCAAAAUCCAGCUCAGCCAGAAUCAACAGAAUCAUAUAGAGCAGUGCACGUGUCCCACCACAGACGCCCCACCUAUGAGACUCGAGGUGCUUUCUGACUGUAUGACCUAACACACAACCUCUCUGAACUAUGACAUCUAUCAUCUAAUGGAAAAUGAAAUAGCAAAUGAUAUAAAGCGCUCCAAAUUUAUUGAUUUCAACACGCGCUCUCUAAACACCGCUAGUCCUUAAUACCUCAUGGUAAAAACACAACAUACAUUGGGCUCGGUAGUUUUAUGCUGUGUUGACCUUUUCAGUCAUGUGACCUCCAAGAGGAGAAAGGGCUCCCCGUCAGAACCAAGUCUUUCCUGUGCGGAUUUUUGAUCUGAGAUCUCAUUAUGCAAAACCAGUAGAUUACUGUUAUUCAGAAACAGUAGGGUCUUAUUACCGUAGAUUUGACGUUUUUAAUUGUUUCAUAAUUUAAAAUAUAAUUUAUAUAUUUAUUUGACUUUUAAGGUGAAAUAUAAACUUGGACAUGUCCGGUUUAGUAGGAUUCAGCUUUAAAGAAUCGAAUCAGUCAUUUCUGGACACAACAUCUGUUUAAAACUGAACUGUUUUGUACUUUAUGCCUUUAAGCAACCAAAAAUCUUAAAUGCCUUAAAACAUUAUUACAUCUGCAUGAAUGCUUGACUUUUACAGUAGUUUAAGAAUGAGACAUAAAUAUUUAGCUGAGGAUUAAACAUUUCUGUCUACUCUAUGUUCAGACUUAAUGUACAAUGUAAAAAUGAGGUUUUCAAGAAAAAUCCAUUUUGAAGUUAUAACCUAUUUCAUACUUUAAUCCAACAUCCAUGUGAUUUCUCGCUUGACCUGUUAGCCUCCUCCCUCAUGAAAGGUGAAAGGUUCGGCCCUCUCCGAACAGUUUUUACCACUAGGGGUUGUUAGAUCAAAGGUGUAAAAUGAAGGUAAAAACAUAUUUAAAUGCACGAUAGAGGUAAGAGUUCAGCUGUAACUUGUUUGCUAAUAAUGCAGUCUAUGCAAAAUGAUACUUUCAUCAGUAAUGAAAAUAAUCCUACCAUCAUUCAUCUGAUUUCCAUGUUGCUCUUUGUUCAUGUCUCCUAAAUAACACUACAAAUAUAAUGUGCAAACUGUUCAUAUUUUCGUAAAUAAAACAGUGUCAAAAAAUAGGUUAAUCUUCUAUCGUAAAGAAAAUAGACUUAUGUUAUGUUAGGACAACAUAUUUUUUACAUUUUGUCAUAUUUUCCUUAAAAUUAUCAUAUGCCAUUAUCAACCCCAUAAUGAAAAAAAAAUAUAUAUAGAUGGAUAGAAAAUUAUUUAAAGUUAUUACAUAUUUAGUGAAUUCUUUUUUAUUUUAUUUUAAGACCUGCCUCUUAGCAGUAUUAAUUCAUAGCUUUAUGCAGCAUCAACUGUAUGCUGAUUAUGUGAGAAUAUAUCUUAUAAUGCCAAAUUGAUUUUUUUUCAGCUUGAAAUAAAAUGCAAAAUGAAGGUCUAAAGCAAAUACAUACUGUAUGCACACUACAUGUUAUAAUCACUCAUUUGAAUGCUUGUUUGUGUUGAUGUUACAUGGAAUCAGCACUUUGAAUGACCCACAGGAAAUGUAUCUUCUCAAAGCCAAAGUACUUCCUGUGAUUUGAAAUGGGAAAUUAAGCUAAUAUGCGUAUGAUGUGCCUUUGUUUCUCUCAGUAUGAAGUCCAGGUGGAGUGGUCAUUUAUUUGACCUUCCUUUCCAUUUCAUUUACUGUGUUGUCCUGUUGAGAGAAGGACAGAGUCACUGUGAUUUUUUUUUUGCACAGGGCACUUGUUAAAGGAAUCAUUUGUGUCAUUACAAUCCUCAGUAUUUCUUGUGAAAUGAUGCGUUUAUGUUGACUGGGUAUUUUGUGUGCAAAUUUGAUCAUACUCUGUCAAUUCAUUAAAUUCUUAAAUUAUUUUGAAAACAGUUUGGAUCAGUUAUGGGAGUAAUGGAAAAAAUAUUUACUCUUAUUUGUGACUUGUCUUGAAUAUUUAAUUUGUAAAUCAUAUUUUGUCUGUAAAUAUUUUUCCAUCUCUGGUUCUAUAUGGAGAAUUUAAUUCCUCAUUUCAAGAACUGUUAUUCAUAGAAAAUGUAUGCUUUCUGAAUAAUUCAUUGAUCUUUGUAGCAGACAGUCUGCAAGCUGUACUAACAGCUAAAUAAGCCAUCUUUCAAUAAAACAUUUCAUCUUACCUUAUCAUUUCAUUUAGAUGUUAAAGGUAACCCUUUCCAUGUGUUUUUUUCCUUCUUUUUUAAUUGUUCAUUUUUCUAUUUUUAAUUGAUUUAUUGUUUUAUAUCCAGGUAUUUGAGUUGUGUGUGUUAUUUUUUCCUGCAUUUUUUUCUCAGAAAUAUAAAAAUAAAUCAGUUAUGGCCAUCUCUCCUUAGAGACUUUGUUCAAUA